GUUUGGUUGCGUCUCGGCGUGUUUAAUGUUGCCAAUAACGAGAGCUUUUUUUUUUAAGGGGGGUGGGGGGCUCGAGUACAUAUCUAGCUGCAAUUAGUUCAUUGAAAACUCAGUCGCUCUCGGAGCGGUCGGGCGAACACUGCUCUCAGCUUUUUCUUCCUGCCUGAAGAUCUCCAGCGGAGAGCCGCCACAAUGCCCAAGAGAAAGGCUGGAGGUGAUGGGAGUCAGGAGCCAAAGAGAAGAUCAGCCAGACUGUCUGCUAUGCCUGUGACUUUUACACCAGAGCUGAAACCUAAAAGAGCCUCAACUACAAGGAAAAUGAAGACCAAAAAUGUUGCAGUGGAAGAAAACAAAGAUGCAAGUGCCAAAGCAAUUCUUGAAACCAAGAUGGAAGAUGUUAAAGAAGAAUGCAUCAUUGAAAAUUCUGAAAAUGGAGAAGCCAAAAUUAUUAAGGCACCCAUUCCUAAAAAAGAAACAGAUGAAGUAAAAGAGGAGAAAAAUGAAGACACUGGAGAAGAUGGAAGAGAAAAGAAAGAAACAGUGGCAGCAGAAGGAGAAGAGGAUGAGAAAGAUCAGAAAGAUGAAAACAUUCAGACUACAGAAGAAAAAGGAGAAGAUGGACAAGAUGAUGCAGAUGAGAAAGAAGAAGAUGGAGAAGAGGGUGAAGGUAAAAAUGAGGAAGAAGAUGGAAUAAAGGGAGAAGACCUAAAAGAGAAAAAAGGUGCAGCAGAUAAUGAAGAAGGAGAGGGGAAGGAAGAUGGAAAUGAAGACAAAGAGAGUGAAGAGAAAAGAGAUGACGAAAAAGAGGGAGAAGAUGGAAAAGAGGAAGAACAUGGUGGAAAGGAAGAAGGUGACAAAGAGGUGGAAGGGGAACCAAAGGAAGUUGAAAAGGAAGAGAAAGGGGAAAGCAAAGAGGAGGUUGUGAAAGACAAAGAAGAGGAAAAGAAGGAAGAUGACGUGGACGCUGAAGGGGAGGAAGACGGAAAAGAGAAAGAUAAUGGCAGACAGGAAGAGGACGGGAACGAAGACGAGGCAGGGGAAGGAAAUGAAAAGAAAGGUGAAACCACAGCUGAGCUUGGAAAAGAAGCUGAAAAGAAGGGUGUGGACAAAGAGGAGUCUGUCAGCAUUGUUUAAAACUGCCCCGUGUAAUAGCAUAAUUUGGUAACAUGUAACUUCCUGUUGUAAUGUUAAUAGAGAUAAAUAUUUUUAUCAGAUAUUUUAUAAACACUGUUUUUCUUUAUCAUCGUUUAAUCACAGAACAUCUUCUGUGAUUAUUAGUUGAAAAGUACCUAACAUGCCACCUUUAUUCAUUUUGUGAUUAUAGUUGUGCAAAAUAUAAAAUGUACAUGUGCAAAUUUGUGAAUUUUAUUGUGUGUAAGUUAUGUAAUAAAUCUUUGAAUUUUAAUUUUAUUCUUAUAUAUGAUAAUUUUGCAAGGUAAGAAGACUCCAAAAGAGUUUCGUACAACUUUCUUGUGGAUCUCGAGGUUGCUUUUAUAAAGAAGGUCAACUAUUUUCACGUAAUGUUAAAAGUUAGGAUUGCCAUUGCCAAAUACAACUUUCCUAGUAGCUUGGGAAGAAUAUAAAGCUGCAAUUUCAUUUUUCAAAGAUAUACAAAUGUUUAUUUCAGAAGGGCAGUUUUGAUUACAUGUGUAUGCACAAAGUUUUACUGGAUUUAUCUUAAUAAAACAGCUCCACAAAUA